CAAAGGGUGUACUGGGGUCUGACCUUUCUGAGCAGAGGCAAAAACUACUAAAAUCAAAGGUUGACGAACUUUACGAACGUCUUAGUCAGGAUCCGAGGCUGAGGAAGCCUAUUGCGAUACCUUACGACGAGUUUAGGGUGGAAGGGAAACGUCUAUUUUUUAACGAUAUAGAAGACUUUACGGCAUUAAUUACAAAAUAUAAGGGCGGGUUGCGGGCUGCCGGGGAGAUGAUCAAGAGAUUGAAGGCAGAUCUCGUGCAAGCCCUGGGAUUUCCCGACUAUGUUACUACACCCAACAGGGGUAAGGCAGUGGCCCAGGCACUUCGGCAAAAGGUUGAUGACAUUUUGGAUAAUGAUAUCAUUUCGAUGGAAUCGAUAGAGGAAUUUGUAGAUGCCACGGAGAGCCUUACCCAAGAAACUUCAUUUGGUGGGACUGGUGAAGUUCUCACUGAAUGUGAAAUAAGAGGGUUUAACCAAGCAGCACAGACUAUAAGGGGUAACUUGAAAGACUUGAAAAGCAAGAUGAUCUUAUAUGACAGCGAGAUUAGGAAGGCAGAGAGCAAGGUGAAAGGUGAGCAAGGUGAGAAGCAGAAUGUCGGGGCAGACGAGGGACAAAUAGCUAAUCUUGAAAGAGAAAUAGCAAAGCUUGAGGAAAAAAUUGCAGGCGCCGCUGGAGGUGCCGCAGGGAAGGGGUUUGUAGAGAAACAGCUGGAACAAUUGGGUAAAUUCCUUAAAUACCUGGCAGGUGAAGCGGGUGCUCCAUUACCCGGGAUUAUGGGUACCAUAGUCUCGUUUUUUCUUAGAGUAGCGGCAAUAGUUGUCGAAUACGUAGCCAAGCAUCUGUACAUGGCAAUGCAGCCACCGUUGAUUUUGUCGUGGUCUAUGUGGAAAGGUCUAAUAUGAACUAUUUUUAAUAUAAUCGGGAGUAUGUGCGUGGGGUGUAAUAGGCGUAGCAUGCUUAGGAGGUAUAGUACGUAUAGGUGUUUUGAUAGUAUGCCUAGGGGGUGUAGUAUGUAUAGGUGUUUUGAUAGUAUGCUUGGGGGGUACAGCUGCAGCAUCCCUCACAACGAGCUUGUUAUUCACAUCAACCUGAACCUCCACGCUGACGUUGGCAGGUGCGAUCAAAAUUUUGUUGUUAUACCCUACAAUCUUACCUAUGCGCAGGUUCAUGUCGGAGGGCAGCAUAUACACGCUUAGCAUGACGGCAAAAUUCACCGGAGUUCGGGCAUAUUGCAGCACCUUUUGGAAUUCGGUGAUAUCAUGACCUACAUUCUCUUGGCGUUGUCCCAUGGCCUCAAAUUUUUGCAAUUAGAUUUGCCUUGCCAUAUAGUUGUCUGCACCAGAUCCGACUAAGGAUGCCUUGGCCUCUGCUUGCGAUCCUAGCAAUAAGACCACGUAAACCCUGAUACUCUUGCUUAGUUUGGUCAGGCCCUCCGAUGUCAAACCCUGACUUGAUGGAAUGAUAAACUUGGCCCAAUCCCCAUCAACUUGCGGCCACCAACGGACAUUCGUCAACGACGGCAUGACAACCUUAAACUUGUACAAGACAUUAGCAUCUGCACCGUAUUCCCUACAUACCUGCGCAAAUCCUGAUGUGGAAUAGGGGUUUUUAUACUGAUAAAACCAAUCAUCAUAAGGCAUGGGGACCUUCAUUUUUGCCAAUGUACGACGAAUGUGGUAAUAGGCAUUGAAUGUGAAGAAGGAGUUGACAAGGGGUACUGACCCUGUCAUGUGCUUGGCAGAGAUACCUAAUGCCAUCGUUGCACAAUAUGCCAGAUGAAAGCCAAGUCUACAGGCUCAAAAAGAUUGAGGAUAUUGAAAAGUACCUGCGGGAUGAGAUUAAGGAGCUGAACAGACUCGCAAAGAGGUUUAAAAUGCAUGAGACCUGGGUGAGAUAUACGGACCAUGGUCUGUUAAGUAUAAGCGUUAUCACGUCAGGGCUUGACACAGGAGCCAUAGCCUCUGGCCUAGGAGUACCCUUGACUAUUGGCAUGGGCGGCAUCACCAUCGCCGUCGGAAUCGGUCAAGCGGGUCUUUGGAACACCGGGAAGAGGCUGGGUGUGAAAUCCAAAAAGCAUGAGACUAUAAGGCUUCUAUCAUUGACCUUAUCUCAAAACCCAUUGAGAACGGAGUCGUAAGCGACUAUGAGUUCACCCUGAUCAAACAGAAAUAUAAAAAGUAUAUGCUGCUAAAGGAAUAGAUACGUCAACGUGUUAAACAGAUCGUUAACGCUAUCAACGAACAGGAACGUGCCCAGUUAGUUGCCAAGGGUCGGGAAGAAGGGAGGCGUUUUAAAAAAACUUUAAUCUGUGCAGUAUGUAAGCGGUACCUAAAAUCUCUGCCCGAUUAUUUAUUAUUUCGUAUAUUUUAUAAGCUCUGUGGACCUAUAAAAUAUAUGGUUUCUUAAUCCUCACUUAGCAGCCAUUCUUUUUUGAAGUCCUUAUACCGACAUUCUGUAAUAUGUACCUGAGGGUAGUAGUUUUUACCUUGCACGUACACAGAUCUCAUGGAUAGGAUGGCACUGGCUUGGCAUGGCUCAUCUUAGGGUACUGGCAUACCAUGGAGUUUAGUCGUGAUUGCAUCCUUGUAGUAUUUGAGUUUAGCGUUUACGUAACGGUCCUUUUUCACAGGCUCUGUAAUCAAUUGCUCGGAUAUCAACUCUUCGAUCCUGGACCAGAUUUGGCGAUACUUCGCAACCCAAUCAGGGUGCUCUUCAAAAUCAAGACUCAUUGCCGGUACAGUAUGGGGGGACCAGAUUUUGGGUGUUUUUACUCAUUUUCUACAAAAGGUUUGACCCUCCAAAUAGGUUGGUAGUAUCAUGGACAAUAAAAAUCACAUGGUCAGCGGACCCAAUUUGAGGGCGUUUGGGUCCCAGGCCCCUAAAAUUACCCUAAUUUGAGACUCCUCUUUGGUUGCAUAAUUCUUAAAGCUUUAAAGUUCGUAACGUGUGUCAUUAUAUGAGAGAAUCUGAAAAAUGAUAAAGCUUACCGAAAAAUUGGGGUAAUUUUAGGGGCCUGGGACACAAACGCCCCCAAAUUGGGUCAGCUGACUAUGUGAUUUUUAUUGUACGUGAUACUACCAACCUAUUUGGAGGGUCAAACCUUUUGUAGAAAAUGGGACCUAAAGUUCUGUUAUGAUCUCCUGGACUAUCGCUGAGGUCUAUAAAGGUAGUAGCAAAUAAGUAGAAUAAUUUAGGGUUGGCAAGAUCUUCCUCACAUUGUAGCAUCUUCUUUAUUGUAAUUCUAAUGACUUCAGAGAAUUGCAUGUCAUUGUACAUACGCAGCCACCCCCGUUAUAUGUAUUAUAUAUUCAUGGUGGCAGUACCAACGCAACAUUUUACUAUUUACUUCGAACCUCCGACCACAGGUAAACCUGUCGUAUGCGUCCAACAUACGUUCACAGUCCUAACAUUGUUCCAUUUAUCUUAUGAUUCUAAGUUAUAAAGACGAACCUCUAAGUCCUUAAUCCUUCGCCCAUUCUCUUUCUCCUUCUCCGAUUCUUUUGAUAUCGCUAAGGUCAUAAGUAGUAGGGAGAUACCAAUGCCAGCCAUAAAGGUCAUAAAUGCUGCAGUUCCAAAUAUAUCGAAUUUUGAUUGACACAGUUGACGCACAUGUAUUAUAGUAGUGUUAUCUUGCAACCAUGUUGUAAGAUAACCUUGAUUUCAAACCAAUGCCAGAAAUUCCUUUUGCGUCAAGUCACCCCCAAAUCUGACGAAGCGUCUCCAGUCCGGGGCGUCCCCUACUUUGCAGCGCCUUUUCAACAACCACAUCGACAUUUCGUACGCGCCGUCAUAUACCUUUCGCUCCUCCACGUAAGCCAAGCAGCACGCAUUACUACAAAAGCAGCCCUCGUACACGUACUCACCACCAUCGCUCAUAUGGGCAGCCAUGUUUUCUUUGACAUGAAAAAAGCCAGAUUUCGUGGUAUGUUUUGUCCUUAUUUGUGGAAAGUUGUAUCUCAUAGGGCACCUGACUUUGUCGCAUAGUUCUACAGAGCACCAGUAACAGAGUACCAUUUUAUAUACAUUUCAACAAGGUCCAAAGAUUGCUUAACCUUACUGCGCAUGCGUUGAUUAUUAGCAGUAUGCAGAGGGAAUUGCCCUUUCUACUCAGUUUUGUAUGAUUUGAUGGCGUCACUGCUAAGCACUGAUUAUUAGGGACAAUGUAUGGCAUGGUAGCGGAUUAUUAGAGAGUAGGCAUGGCAUGGUAGCGGAUGAUCGGGGAUUUGCUGGACGUAGGCUGUGGCGUGCACGAGAUGUGCAUUGCGCUAGAAGGAACAUUUCUCUAUCUCUCUUCUAGCCUAUAAUAUUCUGAUGGGACGGCUCCACAGAAUAUUAAGGGCGUAGAAGAGCCUUAAGAACGAGGUUGUCGUAAAGGAUUCAAAAAAAUACCCCGAAUUUAAGUAUAUUCUAUUGAGUUGUAUCUUAAUAGAAAUAACUACUUGCUUCUAUUGAAACAAUUUCUCCAAGCUUGUAUAUACAUUAGUGGUGCUAGUUUAAUAGGUGUUUCACCUAGAAACGAAGGGGGAAAUUUAGACACAGCGUUAAAGAUAAAUCUUAUCUAAAUCUUCCAAUUUUCAGCAUAAUAGAAACCCUACAAAAAUAUCAAAUGUGCGGUUGUCUCAUUGUAUGGUGAUUGUAACUGUUUCGUCAAAAUGGCGAAAAAAAAAGGGAAACUUGUUAACCAAAUAUGAUCAAUCUGUAAAAAUGAACCAAAAUAUAUACAGUGAGAAUAUUC